GAAGCCCACCGAAAUCGAACUGAGAAAAUCGCUCCGACCGGAGAAGUUUGAAUCGGAGUUCCUCCGAUCAAAGGAUUUUCUCUCUGAGGCUAUGGGGAAACGAGGAGCUAAUAAGCUUACAAGAGCUCAAGGAGGACCAAAUCUCAAGUCUGAGCUGAGACAUGGCCACUUGAAGAAUCUCGUUCUCUGGUCUGCCGCCGGAGAUAAUCCCAUCCCGUCGCUAGCCGCCUUGCUCGGUCGGCGUCUCGCUGCCAACGGAGAAGCUUCGGGGAUUGCUCAUGACCCUGAUCUCGUCACUUGUCAAAGGUGUGAGACCAUUCUUCAGCCGGGUUUCAAUUGCAAUGUCAGAAUCGAAAAGGUUUCUUCCUCCAAGAAGAAGAAACACAACAACAGGCGCAACAAGUCUAACAUCUGUUUGCCUCAGAACAAUGUAGUUUACUAUUGCUGUUUCUGUUCUCACCGUAAUCUCAAGAGAAGAACUGCGAAAGGUCAGAUGAAAGAGAUUUGCCCGCCCAAGCCUAAACCCACUCGUUCACGUCCUCAGAACAAGAAAGAGAUGAUGUUGCUUCAAGAGACCCAAAGUAACAUGCUUUCUUCACCCAAAAGAUCUGAGAAAGAUCAGGUGGAGAAUGGUUUUGUGGAUACGCCAAAGCCAAUGCUUACUUUGGAGAGAGAGAAGAGAAUAAGAAAACCCAAAAGUAAGAAACGGACUGAGCCCGAAAGCGUUCCUGAGAAAACAGUUGGUCCAUCAUCAAAUAAGAGGAAGAGAAAAUCAUGGACAAGUAUGAAGGAGACAGCUGAGACAAACAAGAGUUCUAGUGCUGCAAACUUCAAGAUACCUUUUCUCUUGUGAUCUGCUGUUUGUUAAAUGUUACAUAAAUUUUGGGGAAAAGUAGAGUAAAUAUAUCUCUCUUUGUAGAAGUUUUUAUGCAAUGAUGCUUCUUGAUACUAUUGUUCCUUUUAACUUAAAAAGAUAU